ACAUUGGAUUUUGUCAUGAGGAUUGUGGUUAGGUUAUCUAUUGUAAUAUAUUGAAUUUGAUUUACUUUGUUAUAAUGUUUGAAGAUUAAGUCAAAUAAAUUAUUUAUUAUUUGAUCUGAAAAAUAAAUUAUUGCAUAAAAUGGCUACUAUAUCCUCUGCCCCAGCUCCUGGUAUGCAACAGAUCGAUUUAUCUAAGUUAAAUCUGCCGCAGUUGGCUCAAUUGAAACAGCAAUUGGAUCAAGAGCUAAAUGUCUUCCAAGAUUCUCUGCAAACUUUAAAGAUGGCUCAAGGUAAAUUUGUGGAGUCUGGAGAAAGUGUAGACAAACUGACACCAGAGACGAAGGGUAAAACCAUUUUAGUUCCAUUGACAGAGUCCAUGUAUGUACCUGGAACUAUAGCAGAUUCUGAAAACGUUAUUAUAGACAUUGGUACUGGAUAUUAUGCACAAAAAGAUAUAGAUGGUGCUAGAGAUUAUUUUAAAAGAAAGGUUCAGUUUGUAACAGAACAAAUGGAGAAAAUUCAAAUGAUGGGUAUAGAAAAAUCUAAAGCCAGAGAAGCGAUCUGUAUGAUGAUGGAGAUGAAGUUACAGGCACAAGCACAAGCUCAAGGACAGGGACAAGCACUGAAGGCUACCAGGUCAUAACACUAGAUUCCCCUGUUUAUUAAUCAUUGUGCUUGCUGGUUACUGAACUAUAUAAUUUCAUAUGAAUAAUUGUGUCUGUGUAUAGUAGAAUUUCAAUAAUUUAGUACACACAGUAUAGGCCAAACACCAUUGGAAGUGAAGGUCAAUUUAUAUUAUUAUAAAAAUUACUUUAACCCUUUCCACUCCAAGCCUUUUUUUCUGUUUAUUUCACCAGCUCCACACUAAAAUUGUGUUUUUUAACUAUUAGGGUUUUUUUCGUAUUUUGAAAAUAAAAUUGUUUUUUUCUUAUAUGAUAAACUUUAUUUUAGGAGUAAUUACAGGAUACUAUAUUAUAAUUCUUAAUUCUAAUCUUUAUAAUCCUUUUUGGUAUAGUAUUUUAAAAAAAGUCCUACCUUUUUUAAAAUUGUCUACAAAAAGAAGUAUUACACUAUGUCGAGUGUUACUCGACAGUGGAGCUGGUGAAACAUAACCAAUGUCGAGUGACACUCGACAUUGGAGUGGAAAGAGUUAAAGUUAUAAUUUUAAUGUAUUUUAAAUUAAUGAAAUUCUGUUAUAUCAGUGAAAUCAAAUUAUAAAAUAUAUCACAUUUUAAAAUUAAAAGUAAUUUUAAAAUAUGUCUAAGCUUCUCAACUCAGAUUUUGAACAACACAAUUAAUUGUACUUUAACAUUAGUUUGGUUAAUAAAUUAAUUAACACUA